AUGGCUGGUGCGGUAGUGCCUCAGGUCAGUCCUAAGAACUCUGGCUACUGUGGGACUGGUUGUCAACCCAACUUCGGUACUUGCUCUGGUUCUGGUGUAUAUUCAACAAUACCUUCUUCGACUCUUCGUACUUCGACAAUCCCUAACACUCGGUCUUCGUCCAUUCCUCCAUCUAGCACACGCACCUCAUCUACUGCCAUUGCCCGAUCGUCCAGCACAUCGUCGGUGCGUUCAUCCAGCACAUCGUCGGCGCGAUCGUCCAGCACAUCGUCGGCGCGAUCAUCCAGCACAUCGUCGGCGCGAUCAUCCAGCACAUCGUCGGCGCGAUCAUCCAGCACAUCGUCAGUGCGUUCUUCCAGCGCCUCACCAUCGGUACAAUCCUCCUCCGCGUCAAGAUCAAUAAUUCCAGUAUCUUCCUCAACCCACGUCAGCUCUUCAGUUUCAACUCAAGUUGGUUCAUCAACAAGCUCGUCCAUUGCUGUUUCAUCAUCCGCGUCAUCCACAUUGGUCCUUGGUUCUGUCACAUCCUCGUUAGCUUCUGGGUCACCCUCACUUAUCUCCUCUAUCGCAACCACUGUUUCGAGCCAGACUUCAGUUGAUAUCAUAUCGACGAGUGUAGCCGAAACGGUCCCUUCUGUCGUCUCAAUGCAACCAAGCUCGACGCCAACCGUCAUAUCUCCAGUUCAAAUUGUGGUAAACCCGAGCUUCGAACUCGGGGACGGAUCAGACCCUACCGACUGGACUGUGGAACGUCUUUAUAUCAUUGAUGCCGGUGCCUCUGGUCGCGUCCAGAGCAAUCCGCAUACAGGAUCAUAUUCCAUCCGUGGUCGAGGCCAGCCAAAUGGUGGGUACGACGUAUAUGUGAGCCAGACUGUGACCGUCGUGCCUGGUGCUUCGUACAACCUCGAAGUCUUUGCGAAACAGACUACCGAUGGAUUUUGCUCUAUAAGUAUCUACCUUGGCGAACGAGCCAUUCGCGAGUAUGUCCCUCCGGGCACUUCUUAUACGUCUAUUUCUGCAGUCGUCGAUAUUUCUGCGGGAGAUCCUGCACAGCAGACCUUGCUCAUCGACGGAGCAUGCAGUCUGCCUGAUGGGAAUGCUGAGAUGUACGAUUUAUUCAUCGAUGAUGUAACUAUGACCCUUGUCGUGUAG